AAAGGCGGGAGCAGGUUACUUGCUUGGUGUUGGGAUACGAAUGGCGGUGCUGUUGCUUAGGGUUGUACAUGCACCGCUCUGAACGCUCUCUCCGCUCAACGAUUCAACACUAUAUCCAAAGAGAUUCUGCUCCUUUCGUUUUCUUCUCACCGGUAGAUUUGGAUUGAAGGCUGAAGUGAAAUAGAGUUAUGGCGGAUUUGGAAAAUUUACUUUUGGAGGCAGCAGGGAGAACCCGACACUCUCAUCCGCCUUCAAGAGGACAUGAUCAUUGUCGGAGUGACUCUGGAGGGGAUGAUUCAGAUGACGAGCAUAAUUAUUCGGGCCGAAAGCCCCCUGGCUCGCAAGUUCCCCUAAAGAAGAGAUUUGAUUCGGAAAGAGAUGAUGGGGAGGGAAGUCAGGAAGGAGGGGAUGAUGAUAUUGGUGAUAGCAGUGAUGAAUCUGAUAUUGGUGAUGAUCUUUAUAAGAAUGAAGAUGACAGGCGUAAGCUUUCUGAGAUGACUGAACUUCAGAGGGAGAUGAUAUUGUCAAACAGGGCUACCAGGAAAAAUGAUAAAGAUUUAUUGGGGAAGUUAGCCUCAAAGCGGGAGAAGGGAAAUACAACUUUAGUCGGGAAACUGACUACACCUCACCAGUCAUCUCGUGUGCGUUCAUCAGCCAGGUCAACAGCCAAGGAUGGUGCUUUGAAUGAAUUGCGUGCGAAAAGAUUAAAGCAGCAAGAUUCAGAAACAAACCGCAGGAUAAGUGAGGCAUCUAGAAGUUCAGGGGCUAGGCAUGUUUCACCGAAGCGCAAACCUUUCCCUUCAACAAUUCCUGGUAGCUCAAGUGAUAGUGAAAGUAGGUCCGACAGUGAUGAUGAUGGGUCAAGUGGAGAUGACAGAAUUAUUGACAGUGAUGAUGACAGGAUAAUGUUAGGAUCUGAAGGGCUUUCAUUUGAGGAUAUAAAAGAAAUCACCAUUCGCAGAUCAAAACUUGCAAAAUGGUUUAUGGAGCCCUUUUUUGAGGAGUUAAUUGUUGGUUGUUUUGUGAGAGUUGGCAUUGGUAGAUCAAAGUCAGGGCCUAUCUACAGGCUCUGCAUGGUUAAAAAUGUUGAUGCCUCAGAUCGUGAUCGACAGUAUAAAUUAGAAAAUAAAACCACGCACAAGUACUUAAAUCUUGUCUGGGGAAAUGAAACUUCUGCUGCAAGGUGGCAAAUGGCUAUGAUUAGCGACUCUCCUCCACUCGAGGAGGAGUUCAAACAGUGGCUGAAGGAAGUAGAGCGAAGAGGUGGCAGGAUGCCAACAAAGGAAGAAGUGGUAGAUAAAAAAGAAGCUAUACAAAAGAUCAAAUUAUUUGUUUACUCAGCAGCUACUGUGAAGCAGAUGUUACAAGAAAAAAAAUCUACCAAAUCAAGGCCACUAAAUAUUGCAGCUGAAAAGGAUCGGUUAAGGACAGAAUUGGAUAUAGCACUUAGUAAGCAUAAAGAAGCCGAAGCAAAUAGGAUCACGAAAAGAUUGCAAGAAUUAGAGGAAUCUCGGAAAACUAGGGAGAAGGAUGCCAGGGCUUUGAAGCUUGCUGAGAUGAACAGAAAGAACAGGUUUGAGAACUUCAAAAAUGCUUCUGAAUUGAAGCCAAAUAUUGGUUUGAAAGCAGGAGAGGUAGGUCAUGAUCCCUUUUCAAGGAGAUGGACUAGAUCAAGGAACUAUUAUGCUGCAGAAUCAGCUGAAGAGGCUGCAGCUGAAAAAAAUAGUGCUGACGAGGCUGUGGCUGAUACAGGCAUGGGAGCAGCUGAAACAGCGGAAGUUGGUAUGGUGGCUACUGCUGUGGCUUUGGAAGCUGCUGCAGGUGCUGGAAAGUUGGUAGACACAAGUGCUCCGGUAGAUCAAGGGACAGAGUCAAAUAUGCUGCAUAAUUUUGAGCUGCCAAUAUCAUUAGCUAUUCUCCAAAACUUUGGUGGAGCCCAAGGAGUUCGGGCAGGAUUUAUGGCACAAAAACAAAGAAUAGAAACAACCAUUGGAUUCCAAGUCCUGGAAAAUGAUGGAGCGAGGCAUGCGCUGACAUUAACAGUUAGUGAUUACAAGAGAAGAAGAGGGCUUCUUUGAAAUCCGUUCAACUAACACCUUUCACCAGGUCUACUUUUUUAAAAGGUGAAUUGUGCUUUUGAAUUCUCUAUAGUACUGUCGUGCCCGUUAAUAACUAAAUAUCUAGCAAUUUUUCAGGUGAUCAUCGAGUUUUCAUUUCCUUUUACCUUCCCCAAAAUUUAAAAGGAAAAUGUUAAACCCAAGUGUUAAUAUGUUUAUAAGAUUCAAUAUUGGUUUUUACUUUUCA